UAUGUUGCUGACAUUCUGAGCCGACAAAGUCGAAGAAAGAAAACAAUCAGCACGUGGGCACACAUUAAUGCAACAAAGAUUUACCAAAGUUUGUAACAUAUAUUUAUUUAAUCAAUAAGAAAGUGUCUGAGUAAAAAUGUCUGCAAGCACUCAACAUCCUAAAUUGUACAUGGACGAGCACAAAUUGAAGCAGGAUCCACAUGAUUAUGGACUAGCCGAUGAACCUUUCAACUUGGAAACAUUUAAAAAAAAGUUUCAGAUAGUUGUCGUAAAAUAUGAGGGGAAUGAAAUGGAGUUCGAUAUGAUAGGCGUGCAUCCAGGCAUAGCAAACGCUUUCCGUCGUCUUAUGCUCAGCGAAGUACCCAGCAUGGCCAUCGAGAAGGUGUACAUUUAUAAUAACACAUCCAUUAUGCAAGAUGAAGUGCUCGCACACCGUUUGGGUCUUAUACCACUACGUGCUGAUUCUCGCCGAUUCUUGUACAAAACAGAGGAAAGUGGUGAUCAAGGAAACGAACACGACACUUUGGAAUUUGAAUUGAAAGUCAAGUGUACGCGUCGCAAAGAUGUCAGAGAUUCGUCGAACUUUGACACAAUCUAUAAAAACCACAAAGUUUAUUCCGGUCAAAUGAAAUGGCUACCAAAAGGCAAGCAAUCGCAGAUUUUCAACGAAACAGAUGUUGGUUGUAUACACGAUGAUAUACUAAUAAAUCAAUUGCGCCCGGGACAUGAAUUGGACCUACGUCUAUUAGCUGUAAAAGGUAUUGGCAAGGAUCACGCAAAAUUUUCACCUGUAGCUACUGCUUUCUACAGAUUGCUGCCUGAAAUAAAGUUGAACCGCAAGGUGGAGGGCAAAGAGGCAUUUCUACUGCAGAAAUGUUUUUCGCCCGGUGUAAUAGGUAUUGAUGAAAACGAUUGCGCAUAUGUGAAAGAUGCGCGCUAUGAUACAUGCAGCCGUAACGUAUUUCGCUAUCCGCAAUUAGAAGAUGCAGUGACGAUGUCACGUAUCCGCGAUCACUAUAUAUUUAGUGUUGAGUCAGUUGGAGCGCUUAAACCAGACGUGAUUUUCAUUGAAGCUGUAAAGGUACUAAAAGAAAAAUGUCGAAAAUUCAUAGAGGAAAUAGAAGCGGCGUAAUGUUUUAGAAAAAAGUUGCCUAGGUUUAAAGUUAUAAGUUAAUAAAAAAGUAAAUUUGUUGUGUCCAACUAUAUACCAUAAAUAAAUAAAAAGAAAUUUUUAAUAAUAAAAUCA